AUGUCCACGAAUCGUCAAGUCACCUACGCGCCACCGCACGCUGAGCAACUUGCGCGAUGUGCACGAACGGCAGUUCCCUUGAGCAUCACUGGACUCGUCCAGGAAGUCGCGUCGUCCGGACAUCCGAAAUACGUUGUAGCCCCAUGGCUCUAUGCACAUCCUGUACGUCCUACCCCUGUACCGCGACCGAGAUCGUGCGCAUGCGAGCGGAGUACCAAAAUAGAAGACAUCCUGACUUACGUAGAUCAUGAAUUCAAUUCCACACAAACCCACACUCCUCCGCCUAAGGUCGACUUAAUCGAGGUAACAUGCAUCCUACAGCCCCCCAUCCAGCCCCCAUCCAGCCCCCGCGACUUCGUUCCCCCUUCGCGAAAUCCACCUCAAAAGGGAAACAUCCACUUUUACCCGCCCCAAAUCGCCCCGACUAGGCCAGGGCUCGAGCGAAUGUGCCCGAGCGGGAUACCUGCAGGUUACCUGGCACAGUGGCCCGGAGGCCGGACGCAAUUCGCGGGUCGGGGCGGGCGAGAUACAACGCCGAUACGCCUCGGCUGGGCCUGGGUUGGGAUCGGCGUCUAG